AACUUGACGACCGGCCGACCGGAACGUUUAAAUGCGGGCAAAAGGAAAGAAGAAAUUCAGAGGGAAGAGAGCGACUUGUGACGAUUACCCACAAACAUAAAUGCAAAGAAAUGGAGGCCCACCAUCUCCCCAGAUUCAAACCCUAAACAUUGCUCACUUGGGUUUCCUUUUCUAGGAAGAAACAGGGAAAUAAUUUGAAGCUAAAUCUCUCUGUUAUCGCCCUUCUCCUUUUACUUCGCCGGAAUCUGAACCCGAUCGUCGCCGGUGGACUUCCUCCUCCGACCAACCCAUUCAUAUUUAGCUUUGCUUUCUCAUUUUUGCCCUUUAGAUCUAUCUUUGGUUGAAAGAUCCUAUUCGCCUGUGGCGAUACUUCUGAUCGAAUUUCCCUAUUUAUUUACUCUCUUUUUUGUUGGGUUCUUAGAGUAUGUAGCCUACACUCUUUAUUUUGUUUUUUUCUUCGUAAAAAAUUCUUUUUUUCUCUCUUCCUCUCUUUCUAACGGUUCUUCUCUGCUUAACCCUAGGGUUUGUCUUCGAAUCUUCCUGAUUCGGAGGGGGAGGCUCAUGGGACCAAGCUUUCUCCCUCUGGUCAGGGCUAGAGUGAAGUUAAUUUGAAAUGUGUUUAUGGGUCGAGUUGGGAAUUGCGGAUUUCGUUGGUUUGAGUGAUUUUUCUUUGUGAGUGAUAAUUUCAGUUGCUCUGCUUUUGGAGAUGAGCUGUUUUUCUUGCAUUCGUACUCGUUGUAAAGACGCCAGCAAGGUCGAAAUUGACAACGAAACUGGAAAAGGGAAGGAAUCACAAAACAGAGGUGGAAACAACCGGAAAUGUGGAGCUGCGCGAAGCUUCCCGUUUCGCGAAUUGGCGACUGCCACAAGAGGUUUCAAAGAAGUGAACUUGAUUGGUGAAGGGGGUUUUGGAAGAGUUUACAAAGGCCGAUUAGAAUCAGGCCAGAUUGUUGCAAUCAAACAACUCAAUCAUGAUGGUCUUCAAGGAUAUCAGGAAUUCAUCGUUGAAGUUCUCAUGUUAAGUUUAUUGCAUCACAGUAAUCUUGUCACAUUGAUUGGCUAUUGUACUGAUGGAGAUCAAAGGCUGUUGGUCUAUGAGUACAUGUCGAUGGGAAGCUUGGAAAAUCAUCUUUUUGGUUUGUUGCCCAAACGAUCGCCAUUGAGUUGGAACACUCGAAUCAAGAUUGCACUUGGUGCUGCACAGGGCCUCGAGUAUCUUCACUGCACAGCCAAUCCGCCAGUCAUUUACCGUGACUUGAAAUCUGCAAAUAUUUUACUGGACGAUGAUUUCAAUCCAAAGCUCUCCGAUUUUGGACUGGCCAAGUUAGGACCAGUUGGCGACAACACUCAUGUUUCCACCAGAGUUAUGGGAACGUAUGGCUAUUGUGCUCCGGAGUAUGCCAUGAGUGGGAAACUGACCCUUAAAUCUGAUAUCUAUUGCUUUGGUGUAGUUCUCUUGGAGAUAAUUACAGGUAGAAAAGCUAUAGACACCACCAAGAAACCUGGAGAGCAAAAUCUUGUUGCUUGGUCUCGCCCUUUUUUAAAAGACCGGAGGAAGUUUGUUCAAUUAGUCGACCCACUGCUGGAAGGGCGCUAUCCACUUCGUUGUCUACACCAUGCAAUCGCAAUUGCUGCAAUGUGUCUGCAGGAGCAGCCAAUGUUCCGUCCAAUUAUCAGUGAUAUUGUUGUAGCCCUUGAAUAUUUAGCUUCUCAGAGUCACGCAUCAGAACAACCAAGGGACGGGGUACGUAGUCCGUCCAAACUAUCUCCUCAAGGGGACAGUAGUGCCCAUGUUCAAGAUUCAAGAUGCGGAAAGAGUUCAACAUCCAAGUAAGGGUGGCUGCUAUAGAAGUCUUCGCACAGCUCUGUAAGGCAUCAGAUCAAUUAUCUCGAAUUAUUGUUUCUUCGAUCGGAAUAUCGUUUACUGUACACAGAGAAAUAGCCAGCUUUUCUUUUAGCGAAGAUUGUAGAAAGAAAUCUUUGCUAAAAGAAAAGGCCUGACUAUUUACAUCGGUUUAAGUAGUUAAUCUAAAAGGAAAAGGCCAUUUGAAGAUCUCAAGCAUUGAUUCUUCUUAUAUAUAGUUUAUGAUAAACCAUUCAAGAACGAUACAGAUUUUGUUUUUCGACUCGAUUUUUUAAUCGAAUCCGAAUAUGAUUCGAGUUGCAUUUCAUGUAUUUGGUUGCAGGUGCAUUUGCCGGCGAUAGAGAAACCCGACCAACUCCAAUCUCCUGUUUAAUAUUGUAGAAUAAGUAUCUAAAUUUGCAAGUAAUCCACAUGCAUUUUUGAAUGACAAUAUCUCUCCUUUGGUGGUAGUUGCACAUAUUUCAGGUAAUAUGGGUUGUUUGCCUUCAAUACAGACUUAGAUCAAAUAGUUUCAUACA